AUGGAUAUUCAACUUUUGGACUCUAACGAUAACUCAGGGUGUAAACUAUUAGACUCCUUUGCCAUAGCCGUUCAACUCAUGCUGGCUUGUUUGGCAUUCUCAACGUUGAUAAUAAAGCGACAAAGAGAAAUACCACAGCGGCCAUUGUUGGUUUGGAUACUGGAUGUGAGCAAGCAGAUUAUUGGGGGUGCUAUAGUCCAUUCACUCAACGUUAUCGCUUCUCAUUUAUUUGGGGCUUCUUUAGAAGGCGAGCCCGAGUCAAAUCCAUGUGUUUGGUAUUUUUUAAAUAUACUUGUCGAUACCACCUUUGGUGUACUUGUGAUCUGGGCAGUACUAUCAUUGGCUAAGCGAAUAACAGAGUUUUAUCGACUAAAGGGAUUUGAAAGUGGUAUUUAUGGUGAUGGAUACGGUGAUCAGAUAAAAUCAUGGAGUAAACAAUUGGGUAUCUAUGUAUUAGCGCUAGUAACAAUGAAAGUGGUUGUUUUGGCCUUAUUUGGACUGUGCCCAUGGCUAGAACGCUUGGGUGAAUGGGUUCUUGAAUGGACUAUGGGAAAUUAUCGAAUACAGGUUGUGUUUGUUAUGCUGAUAUUCCCUUUAGUCAUGAAUAUCAUCCAAUUUUGGAUAGUUGAUACCAUAGUCAAGCACAAGACGAGACCGUUACAAUUAAGGGAUGAAGAAGAUAACACGCUUGUUUCAGAUGGCGAAUAUGAGGAUGAUAUCGAACAGACAACUUUACUUCAAAUUGCACCUAAAAACCUUGCUCAAACCUAA